UAGUAAAAGUGUUUAGUUUACUGAUUACGGCUGCUUUCGCACUGUCGCAGUCUCGUUUGGUUUCGCAGUAUUCAGUGCGCUGUAGGAUAGAGAGAAAAGUUUCCUUCCAGUAUCAACCGAACGCUUCCUAACUGCUUCAUUUGGAUUUAGAGAAUGGCUGCCUCACGGGUGUACAAUGGAAUAGUGAAUACUGCCGAUCGGUUCGUGCCUACCGCGCUGAGACCACUUUGGAAUCAUGCUGCUGGACCAAAAACUGUGUUCUUCUGGGCUCCAGUAUUCAAAUGGGGACUUGUCUUUGCUGGAUUGAAUGAUUUGCGACGUCCAGCGGAUCAACUGUCGGUUUCUCAGUCGGCCUCACUGGCAGCCACCGGAUUGAUUUGGUCCCGUUACUCUCUGGUGAUUAUUCCCAAAAACUAUGGACUGUUCUCGGUGAAUCUCUUCGUGGCCAUUACACAGCUUGCUCAGCUGUAUCGUGCGUGGGACUUUUCUCGGAAAAAUCCACCGAAAGACGUACAAUCUAAGGAACAAUGAUGAGGUCCCUGGUUUCUGUAACCAGACUUGUACAAUCAACACUUUCGAACCGCACAAUUAGACAGAAACGGGAUGUGUAAAUUUGGUAUACGGGUGGUGUGUUUGUUUGUAGCUCAAAGCUGCUUGGGGAACGUGAACAAAAAUUGUGAAUAUCUAGUUGUUGCUUAUUACCUAUGUGUACAAUUAUUCAUUUGAAAUAUACGUACUAUCAAUUGCUUACAAAAAA